GUUUCAUAGUCUCUCAGUCGGUCAUACCAGCCCCACAAACAAAGCUUCUGCGCACCUCUCACCGCCAUGGCCAGCGAAUCCAAGCUUCACGUAGUGAUGUUCCCAUGGCUAGCUUUCGGUCACAUGAUCCCAUUCCUUGAUCUCUCCAAGUUCAUUGCCCAAAAGGGUCACAAAGUCUCCUUCAUCUCCACCCCAAGAAAUAUCAAACGCCUCCCAAAACUUCCUCCAAACUUAGCCUCCCUCAUAAACCUAGUUCACCUUCCUCUACCUCGAAUCCACAAUCUCCCUGAACAUGCAGAGGCCACCAUUGAUGUCUGUGCAGAGGACAUCGUCUUCCUCAAGAAAGCCUUUGAUGGUCUCGAAAAUGAUUUCUCUCAAUUUCUCGAAAACUCUUCAGCGGAUUGGGUUAUUUAUGACUUUGCCCUUCAUUGGUUACCCCCAAUAGCUGCAAAGCUGGGCAUUUCGUGUGCAUUCUUCUCCAUCGUCAGCGCUUGGUUUAUCCCCACCUUUGGACGAUCAGCUUCUAUGAUGAUCGACGGAUCAGAUCCACGGAAGUCGCCGGAGGAUUUUACAGUGCCACCUGAAUGGAUACCUUUUCCGACGAACCUAGCGUAUCGGCGAUAUGAGAGCAACUGGAUCCAGAGCGCAAUUGAAAACACUGAUUCAGGGGUUUCGGAUGCUUAUCGUUUGGGCUCGACGAUUAUGGGGUGUGACGUCAUUCUUAUCCGAGACUGUAACGAGCUCGAACCUGCUUGGUUGAAGCUUCUCGAAGAGCUUUACCAGAAGCCUGUAAUUCCAGUAGGUUUAAUGCCUCCGUCGGUGAAAGAUUCCGGCGAUGAGAAAGAUGAGAAAUGGGUCUCUAUCAGAAAUUGGCUUGAAAGCAAAAACAAAGGGUCUGUGGUGUAUGUUGCACUGGGGAGCGAGGUGACACUGAGUCAAAAUGAUGUCACUGAGUUGGCUCUGGGGUUGGAGCUAUCUGGGUUACCUUUCAUCUGGGCUUUAAGAAAGCCCCCGGGUUCAACCGAGUCUGACUCGGUUGAGUUGCCAAAUGGGUUCUUGGAGCGAAUCAAAGGGCGUGGGCUUGUUUGGACGAGUUGGGUGCCUCAACUCAGGAUAUUGUCUCAUGACUCAAUUGGCGGGUUCUUGACACACUGUGGUUGGAGUUCAAUUGUAGAGGGUUUAAUGUUUGGGCACCCACUCAUUAUGUUGCCGUUCUUUGUGGGCCAAGGGUUGAAUGCUGUGGUUCUUGUGGAGAAGAAGGUGGGGAUACAAAUACUGAGAAAUGAAGAAGAUGGGUCGUUUGCGAGGAACUCGGUGGCUGAGUCUCUGAGGUUGGUAAUGGCGGAGAACGAAGGAAGGAUUUACAGGGAGAAAGCAAAGGAACUGAGUGAAUUAUUAUUCACAGACAAGAAUGGAGAAGACCGAUAUCUGAAUCAGUUUGCUGAGUAUCUUGAAAGCCAUGGUCGUCUUCACAAGAGCUGACGUACUGUACAGUAAACUUGUUUAUGGAAGUUUAAUAGUUUACGAUUACGUCGU